AUGAAAUUCCACUCAUUUGAGUUGGUGCAAAGCCAGUCACGAAGACUUCAAAACCUGAUGGCCAACUGGGACCCAGCCUUGCCACCGAAUAACCGACGUGCGUUAUCAAAUGCAAACACACUCGGGGCACCUUUUAAAUAUGAGUACAAAAAAAUCGAAUGCGCAGAGUCGGAAGCUAUGCCGGAGGAAGUCUUCCAAGAAAAGAAAUUAAAUACGAUAUCGGAAGCUGCAAUGGAAGGUCUAUCUGGUGUUAAAAUGAAAGAUGUGGCGCUUUCAUCAUCUGCGUUAAUAGUGACCGUCAUAUCUGAGUCCAAAAUUGCGGAGAUAGAUAAAUAG